UCGAGAUUGACAUGCCUUAUGCGAGGAGGUGGACAGCGGGUUUUGACCGGGAUGUCGAUACGCACCACAGUAUUCUUCCAUUCCGGGACCAGCUUGAUCACAUGACGGAUGAUGCGGUAAACUAUUUAAAUUUACAUUAAUAAUUUAAUUAAACGUCUUUUCUACAUGGUGAUCACUGAUUUGUAUUUAUAUGUUAUGCAGCUAUUUAUGUGGACGCUGUACGCUGCUAUAUUAGAUGGUUUGCCCCCCUUCUGUAGGGCAGGUCAGGGGGUUUGGAGGUCGCGGUGUCCAUUGAUACACCUGGACAUCGUAGAGGAUCACAUGCCCGAGCGUGUCUUACGACAGUUUGGGCAUACACAGAGUAUACCCCCUGAUGUCCGUCAUGAGCUCCGACACUACCAGCGGGACGAUCGGGCUGCCAUUGAUGAUAAUUUUUUGGCUUUCAUGGAUGUCCAGCUCCACCGUUGGGAGAACAGGUUGGGCACUUUAGCGGUGGUCGGCCAUUUGACUCCCGUUGAGCAUUACAUGCGCUGGUACCAUCAGAUCACACGCCGAUUGAUUGGCAACCCAGCUUUGCGUCCCCCUAGGGAUGUAGGAUAUUCAGCACUCGCGGGGCAGUACGAGGCAUUGCUGGUGGCCGUACAGCGUUUACGCAUCUUGGGGUUAGAGCAUAUGCCUUACCCUGGGCUUGCGGGGCUUGCCGCGGAGAUGGUUAGGAUUUUCGAGGAUGGUAUCCGCCAGGCAGGCGAGAUUAGGCGCAUGGCGGAGCUUGUUCCGGAGGCUGAGUAUCAGGCAGCACCGGGGGCUCCCAGAGGAGGAGGCCGUGCUGGCAGAGGACGCCGUGCUGCCGGAGGACGCCGUGCGCGUAGAGGACGCGGCACUGCUGCCGGAAGACCUAGUGGUGGAGGACGGGUAGAUGAGGCGGAUGAGGCCGAUCCCAUUCCAGAGGGCGUUCACGGUCUAGUCCAUCCGCAGCCCUUCCAGGCCGGUGGCAGCUCACCUGGAGACUCACCUACGUUUACGCCGGCGCUCUUACUUGCUGAGAUACCCGGGUCUUCAUCACAGCCGAGCCAUAAUGCAUACAUGGAGGAGCGUGAUAACGUUGAUUGGGCGGCGUUACGCGCUUCAUUAACUGAUGAGCGGCCUGUGAGGAAUUCAGAGGGAGCCCGGAUUCUUGACUUUGAUGAGUUUUUGAUCCCGGUUAGUAUUUAAAAUACAUAUUUGUUCAUUUAAAUUAUUUAUUUUAAAUAUAUAUAUAUAUAUAUAUAUAUAUAUGUUAUUCAUUAUUUAGUAAUAUUUUAUAUUUUAGGAUUCGGCGCCAGCGGGUCCAUCAGAGCCACCCACUCAGCCUGCCGAGGCAGAGGUGUCUUCUCAUGAGACUACCGAGGCGCAUGUAAGUUUUUUACUUAAAACUAAUUUUAUUCAAUAUAAGGUCAAUAUUUAAUAUACAUAUUUGAUCAUUUAAAGUACUUAUUAUUUCAUUUUUUUCAUAUUUUAGGAUUCGGCGCCAGUGGGUCCACAGGAGCUGCCCAUUCCGGAGCAUUCUCAUCAGCCUGCCGAGGCAGAGGUGUCUUCUCAUGAGACUACCGAGGCGCAUGUAAGUUUUUUACUUAAACUAAUUUUAUUCAAUAUAAGAUAAAUGUUUAUUUAAUUU